AGAUUGAGGGGGAGGCGGAUCGUUAGUGAUCUUCAUCGACGAGAAUGGAGGACCUGGGAGCUGGAGGGAGGGAGGCACGAGCUGAGAAGGGGCGCUAUUGUUAAUAAUCUUCUUUGUCUUCUUUGGCGGAGUGAAAACCGGGGAGGGAGGCGCUGGCUUGGGACCUUCAUCAUCGAAGGCGAGAGACGAGUUGCAGAGGGGAGUGCGACUCCAUCUGGUUUCUUCUUCAGUGACACCUUCUGGUUCUGGAGCAGAGGAGGACGCUGUUUUCGACUGGGUUCCUUUCAAUACUUCUUCGGCGACUGAGAACGUUAUCCGGCGUCAUUCUGAUUCAUGAGCACUCUAUUUUCCUUUUUGUCCUUUCCAUUUGGACCAUACAAUCCACCUUUCCCAUGCACUUGUGCACUUGUCACUGUGGACUUGGGCAAGCCAUGCACCGCUAAGAGCUGACGGAGAAAAGGGGAUUGACGCUGGAGUUGACGACGGUGAUCAAAUUCUAAUGGAUUAGAGUAUGUGCGAGGCAAGUUUCGCAUUUCAUCAAACUUUCGAUUACGCAUUGAGUUAGAACAUUAUUGAUAGUUGUCUUCAUCGCUCCAUUGAGCUGGUUUGGUUUCCUUGGCUGGUGAAGCUGAGGCCACGGCUUCCAUAGCAAUCGGCGGCGUCGAUUCUGAUGGGUUGCAGUCAGUCGGUGAGAUGUUACGUUAGGAUAUGUAGUGCGGUGCGGUAGAUUUGUUCUUUUGGUAACGUGGCAUUACCGCGGCCGUAAGAUUAAUCUAAUGGCUAAUUUUUAAGCUGUAUUUCUCUGUUUCUUUUUGCGGGAGCACAGAAUCCGAAUCCUUGAGGGCAUAUUAUCACUCGGCCUGAGUCUCCCAAGUCCUGAGUCUCCAGCUCCAACGUAACUUUCAAGGGGGAAUACAGUAUUGAAGCAAAGGUUUUUCCUUUCUUUCCCGUAUUCUCCUUGCGACCGCACGAAGAGAGAAGCGGAUUCGGCCUUCGACUUCGUCCACACCAGGCAGUACCAAACCACCAGAGCUGGGCAGGGUUGAUCUUAUUUGCAAUGGCUGCUUCCUCCUCUCUUUCCUCCUGCAUGAUGCAUAAAGAGGCACAUGCUCUGAACAUAUCAAAGCGCUCUAAAGAUUUAUUAUGUUAUCAUUGGAAUAACUCGUACAAGUCACCUAAUCAUUGGAAGUCAAUUUCACAAAGAAACCGCAUCCAUUGUCAAGCUCUGAAAAUUGAACACCCAUCGUCCUUGUCAGUGGGUCAGAAAUUUCAGCUUGAUGAUGUUAUUGAAGCGCAACAGUUUGACAGAGACACUCUGAAUGACAUAUUUCAAGUUGCACGAGAGAUGGAAAACAUUGAGAAGAACUCACCUGGUAGCCAACUUUUAAAGGGUCAUCUUAUGGCUACCCUGUUUUAUGAGCCCUCUACUAGAACCAGACUUUCAUUUGAGUCUGCCAUGAAAAGAUUAGGUGGUGAGGUUUUGACAACUGAAAAUGCGAGAGAGUUUUCAUCAGCAGCCAAAGGAGAGACACUAGAAGAUACAAUAAGAACAGUGGAGGGUUACUCUGAUAUAAUUGUGAUGAGGCACUUUGAAAGUGGUGCUGCCAGAAGAGCUGCUGCUACAGCUGGCAUUCCUAUAAUCAAUGCUGGGGAUGGUCCUGGGCAGCAUCCCACCCAGGCACUUUUGGAUGUUUACACCAUUGAAAGAGAGAUAGGAAAGCUUGAUGGAAUAAAAGUUGGGCUUGUGGGAGAUCUUGCUAAUGGAAGGACAGUUCGCUCACUUGCAUACUUGCUUGCCAAGUACAACGAUGUGAAAAUUUAUUUUGUCUCUCCCGAUGUAGUCAAAAUGAAGGACGAUAUAAAAAGCUAUUUGACAUCAAUGGGAGUGAAGUGGGAAGAAAGUGCUGAUUUGAUGGAAGUGGCUUCUGAGUGUGAUGUGGUCUAUCAAACUCGCAUUCAAAAGGAGAGAUUUGGCGAGAGGAUUGACCUAUAUGAAGAGGCCAGAGGCAAGUAUAUUAUAAAUAAGGAUGUUCUCGGAGUGAUGAAGCAGCAUGCGGUGGUGAUGCACCCUCUUCCCAGGCUUGAUGAGAUCACCGUGGAUGUUGAUUCUGAUCCCAGGGCUGCUUACUUUAGGCAGGCAAAAAAUGGUCUAUACAUUCGGAUGGCCCUUUUAAAACUAUUGCUUGUUGGGUGGUGAGGUUGCUUUCGUCUUCAGAAUGAAUCCUGAUGCUGAUGUCAUAAUUGAACUUUUGUUUUUGGCCCUGAAGCCUCCUUGUAUUUUCUUGAAUUUGAUCUUUCUCGUGUUCGCUGCACCAUGUGCAAUGUGUUUGUUUGCAAAACAUGCUAACUAAAAGGUGUCCAAGAGGGGAGUGAUGAUCUGGU